AUGGGUAAUGACGGUGGCAGUAUUCCGACUCGCCGAGAGCUCGUCCGCGAAGCAGCCCGCGCCCCAAGCACAGCGCAAGUAAAAGAAACCCAGCGCGAGCAGCAAGAACACUCCUGGACUACCUGUCCGCUCUCACACAGGUUCCUAUCGCGGCCAAUAGUAUCUGACUCUGUUGGGAAUCUUUACAAUAAGGACGCUAUACUCCAGUUCCUGCUCCCGGGCGACGAUAUCGAGGGCAUUAGCUCCAAGGCCAACUGCGAAGAGAUCCUGUGUGGACGAGUGAAGUCGCUCCGGGAUGUGGUUGAGAUGAAAUUUGAAGUUGAUACAGAGCUUACUGAGCACCCGUCAGGCCGUGCUUAUGCGCCACGUGAGCGCCGUGAGGGCUGGAUCUGCCCGGUCACCGCAAAGCCGCUAGGCCCGAGUGUGAAGUCUGUAUACCUAGUGCCGUGUGGACAUGUAUUUGCAGAGGAGGCUAUCAGGCAGCUCAAAGGUGACAAGUGCUUGCAGUGCAAUGAACCCUACACCGAAGACAACAUCAUAAACAUACUUACUACCAAAAAAGAAGAUAAGCAACGUCUGAUAGCACGAGGCCAGAAACUUGCUGAACAGGGCCUCACACACUCGCUCAAAAAAGCUCCUGGCUCAAAGAAGCGCAAGAAGAACGCCACUGCCGAGGACACCACUGAUGCUCCCGGUACCAUAGAGCCUGCUGGCCUGGUAGUACCGAAGAAAUCUUCAGAUUCGAAAAGCCGAAGUAACACUUCCACGCCAGUGCCUAGCACUGCUUCUGGCAGUGGAAUCAAGAACGCUGCUACCUCUUCGCUCACUGCCCGCGUGUUGGCGGAGGAGAAUGAGAAAAAGAAGCGCCGGAAGAUGAUGGGUCAAAAUGAAAAUCUCGACAGUCUAUUUACCAAGAAGGACGGCGGGUCCAAUAAUCGUGAUUUCAUGACCAGAGGAUUUUCAAUAUCAUGA